AUGACGACAAAAUUUAUUUUUCUGUUUCUAGUGCUGUUUACAAUUAUUACUUAUGUGGAAGGUGUAAUUGUUGACGAAAGCAGUGAUAUCGAAUUGGCGGACAAUAACAGAUUGAUUUCUUCAUUUCCAAAUCAUAUAAACAAUAUGGAUAGCAAUAAUAUAGUCAAUAAAUCCGUUACAAUUAUUGUCAAUGCUACCUCUAAUAUGGACUCAAUUCUGAAAAUCUCUUCCACAUUCAAUAAAAUCGAAGAAUUGGAAAACAGUACUGUUAUAUUAAACAAUAAUACCAAAAACUCAAACAAUAAGAUUCUCAGUGUGAAAUCUGCGAAUAAUAUUACUGAAGAAUUGAUGAGAAAGAAUAUGACGAAAUUAACGAUACGUUCACUCGAAAACUCUCAACCAGUAGAUAAUGAGAGCUUUCCGGAACGAUCUCAAAGUGUUCCGGAAAGUACAUGCCAUGAUAGUCAAAAACUUUGCACAUUUUGGGCUACCAUUGGUGAGUGCAAUACAAAUAAGAGAUGGAUGGAGUCUAAUUGUCCAGUUGCAUGUAGCAAAUGUCAAACUGCUGCAAAAUGCAUGAAUAAGCAUGCAUUAUGUUCAUUUUGGUCAUCCAGCGGUGAAUGUGAAAUGAAUGCAGUAUGGAUGCAUGUCAAUUGUCCUCGAUCAUGCAUGCUCUGCAACGAUUCUCACUUUAAUUUCAAUCAAGUUAGAAAUUUCAAUUUUUUGCCACAAAAAAAAGAAGACUGUCCUAUUAUUACCAAAGAAGAUACUUCUAUACGUCAUACAAUAUCGAUCGCUGAUGUACGCAAAAAGAAUGCUCGAUUUGGAUGUGUUUCACAGCUCGAUCGAAAUAAUUGCAAACAAAAUUUAUGCUAUCAUCUCAGAUAUCGAACUUUUGAUGGUACAUGCAAUAAUUUACGAUCACCACAAAACGGUGCUGCUUUUUCAGCUUACAUUCGUUUGGAAUCACCGCGAUAUGAUAAUGGAAUAAAUGCGCCAACAUCGUCAAUUCGAAAAACACGACCAAUAGCACGCGAAGCAUCACGUUUAAUGCUCACGUCAGAUAAACAAGUUACAAGUGAUUCGAAUGCCUUACUAAUGCAAUGGGGUCAAUUUCUAAGUCACGACAUGGCCAAGACAACAACUCUAAACAACCAGGAAUGCGCAUCUUGUGAACCUAAUUCUAAAUGCACCAAUGUUUUCCUAUCAAGACGUGAUCCAACAUUUGGUCGUUUCCAAUGUUUACCGGUAGCUCGAUCUACUCCCCUGUGUGGUACCGGACAAUCGUCUCCUCGAGAACAAUACAAUGAAAAUUCAGCAUAUCUCGAUGAUUUACGGCUCUUCCGAUUUGGAUCAAUUUAUGUUCCGGCAAGGAGCUUUCAUGAAGACAAAGAUUAUUCGAGAUCGCGUAUUCCUCCUAUCGAUAGCAAUCAAAAUAUUAUCGCCGGUGAUGAUCGAGCCAAUAUAUUUGUCGGUUUAGCUGCAUUCCAUGUACUUUUUGUUCGAGAACAUAACAGGAUAGCAUCAGAAUUACAAAUCUUAAAUAAAAAUUGGGAUCAGGAUCGAAUUUUUCAAGAAACACGACGGAUUAUUGGAGCUGCUAUACAACACAUUACAUAUAAGGAAUAUUUACCUCGUAUAUUAGGCAGUAAAUUUAAUGAAUUAAUUGGUGAUUACGAAGGUUAUGAUGAAAAUGUUGAUGCAACUAUCAGUAACGAAUUUACUGGAUGUGCUUUCCGAUUUGGACACGGAAUGAUACAGGAAUUUUAUCCAUUUCUUGAUGAGAAUUUUCGUCGCAUUGGUGGCAUAUCGUUUAAUGAUGGCAUGUUCAAAAGUAUUCAUGUCUUUGCGCAUGGAAUUGAUCCAAUUAUUCGUGGUUUGAUAAGUUUACCAGCAAAGAUGCCACAAAGACUUACUCCAGCAAUAACUGAACGGAUAUUUGGUAAUUCUGAUCUUGGUUCUAUCAAUAUUCAGCGUGGACGUGAUCAUGGAAUACCUGGAUAUGUUGUUUGGCGGAAAUUUUGUAAAAUGUCGAAAGUACGAACGUUCGAUGAUCUCAACACCACAAUUAAAGAUCCAAUUUUGCGUUCAAACUUAAAAAUUUUAUAUGGACAUGUAGAAAAUAUUGAUUUGUAUGUUGGCGGUUUAUUGGAAGACCCACUAGAAGGUGCUUUUAUUGGACCUACUUUAGCCUGUAUUAUUUCUGAACAAUUCAGGAGAUUACGAAACGGUGACAGAUUUUAUUAUGAAAACUCGGAAAUUUUGACGAAAUUUCAAAUUGAGGAGAUCAAAAAACUCAGUCUUGCAAGAAUAAUCUGUGAUUCGGGUGAAAAUAUCCGACAAAUACCGUUAGAAGCAUUUAAUCGAAGCGAAGCACUCGACUUAAUACCAUGCGAUAGGAUACCUUCGCCAAAUUGGAACCUUUGGAAAGAUGAUUAA